AUGUUCAUUGCUUUGCUUAUCAUAGCAUCGUUAUGCACUCUUUCUAAUGGUGCUACAGAAACUAUAAACGUUUGCAAUGUUCCAAUGCCAGGAAUGGCACAAAUGCCUGUGCAAAGACCUUCAGUGCCUGUCGAGAAUUGCCAAGAUCGUGAUGCAUUGGCUUGCUAUGAAUUAUUCAAACCUGGAGAUAACGAUGGUGAAAUUGGAAUGGCAUUCAAUCAGAAUCGUAUGGAAAAUAUGGAUUAUAAAGUUCGAGAUACGUGUCAGCAGCCUCCCUAUAGAAUGUUGGCUCGACAAUUGUGUCCACGAAUGUGUGCGACAUGUUGCUUGACUAGGGAAUAUAAUUGUGAUAAAGAACUGCAAGCCUAUAUUUUAGCAUGGAUUUUAGCGACAACUUUAUCAUCUCCAAUACAAAAUUGUAAAGACGAACGACAGGGCUGUGCCGCAAUUAGAGCAUCGAAUAACUGUGGCGGUGUAUUUCGGACUACAAUGAUGCAACAAUGCGCACGAACGUGUGGUUAUUGCACAAUGGAAGCAAAAUCUUCAAGUCGUGAACUGAGCAACAUGUUUCACGAUAGAGUAAUGCUUUUGGAACCAUGUUCAUAA